UCAAAGGGACGCAUUAUCUCAAGGUAUUGGACCUGGUAUGAAUGCCGCGAUCCAGGCAAUGAGUUUUGGCCUCUUCCCUCUGAUGUAUGGAUGAUUCCCGCUAUCGAGGUAAGGCCUGUAUACUGUGUUGACCUAGUGUUGACAUUCUAUGCCUUCAAAGGAUUCGCUGGUUGAAAUUGUGAAAUCGAAGCUACAUGAGCCUCAAGAUCUCCCCCGCUAUCUUGGGUCGCCUGAUUCCGGGGUACCUGACACUUUACUUGACUCUCUGGCACUCCGCUUCGAGGACAUUGCCAAUAACCACUCAAUGAGUUCCAAGACAGAGCUGCUGAAAUUGGUGCCUGAGGAGCUCAGACUCCCGUCUGCUCAAGAAACAUUAGAACUGGCUCGAACCCUCUUCCUGAGAUUAUUGGAUUCCAGUAUCGUCCGGUAUCCUCGCCUUGCCGAUCAUGGUGAUUGGUGCUGGAACAAGCAUGGAUCGACCGUUAUGAGCGACAUCAUCAUCUUGGCUGGAUGCGACCCUAAUGCUAUGACCUUCGCACAACUUCUGGACAAAGGUAUUUGGGUCGAAUGUCUUACCUGCGCUCAAGCUGGCCAGGGAGGCAAGAUUUUUGAAGCUGUGGAAGCGGUAAUGCACUGUAAUACAGACCAUUGCGCCGAUAUAGCCAACAAGAGGCUGAUGGAAUGGAGGAUCCUGGAUGGGCAGGAACUUGCAUCGUUCAGAACGUUGAACCCAAUGAUCAACAAAUGGUGGGGGUGUCUACUUUGUGGAUAUGAGAGAAUUGGCUUUGAGGACUUUAUCCUCCAACACGUUGCAUCAGAGCAUCCCAGCGCACGCCCGGAUUUACAGUAUUGCUAUGUAGGCUCGCAUCGUCAAACCCCACGGAGACCUAUCCCUGAUCUGGUGCGCCCUGGGUUGGGGGGCUAUGGUCUAGCACCAGGCACAUUUUCACUUAAGACUGCUUGUUUGAGCCUUCCCUUAGGAGGACAGCCGUGAGCCACAUCGGAAGCAGGGAGGGAAAACGUCAUCCGAUUCUUUUGAAAUUGGAAGUUGUAGUCAGUGCAUGGUAGCAUCCGACGUUCCUCCAUCUUUUAAUGACCCCAUUGAAACUAUCCCUUCAAACAUCGACUCUCCCUUUCGUCGUUCGCAC